CACGAACGCACCGCGGCCGUGUUCCUUCUUGCAGCGUCCUGUCGGAGGACAGAGUUCGCAUUCCCGGGAUUCACUCUCUGCCAUUUUGAACACAACCGCUCGACGUCAGCGUCCGUCGGGGUUGAGGCGAUGUUCUCAAACAGCAAACAGUCUUUGUGAGUUGGUGAGAAGCCUUCUGCGCGUGGACCCAACAAAGCAGCAGCCGUGGUUUUGAGGCGCCAUCAGCCAUGUGCUCCACCAAUCACUCCAACUGGGUCACGUUUGAAGAUGACAACACCCCCCUCUCGUCCCCACAGAAGCCCCUCCAGUCGCCCGGGUGCAUCAAAGCGGCGCUGCCACGCCCCAACGGCCUCAAAUUAGUGCUUCCUCCUAUCAGAGACACUUCCUGGAGCUUCAUCAGCUCCCUGGAAUCUCCUCAAAGCCAGUCAAGUGUGGGUGGAGAUUGGUAUGUUCCGUGUAACACCCCCCUUUGCACUCCUGUGGGUGGCGUUCCGAGCAGCACAUCUCCAUUUGGCUCCAACAUCAGGGAGGAGAACAACUCCUUCCAGAGCUUCUCCAGCUUGUCUCCAACUUUUGUUUCCUCUCCUGGACCGGAAGCCCUGAAUCUCAGCUCAGAUGGACCAAACCCCUUCCCUACUUUCCAGGGGAACCCUGGACACUUGAACCCUUUCUGGGGCAGCCCUGGACACAGCGUAGAUGUUGUGGAUGGCAGCUCCUCUUCAGACUCGGAGUCAGACACGAGUCUUCCACGUUUCUUCAUACGGACCAAAGAUGGCAGCGAGCCUCCACGUGAUCACCUCCAGAACACUUUGUCUUUUGUCUGCAACAAACUGGAAGGCCUGCGAACCCAAAAUGAUCACGACACCGACACCGAAAGACACGAGAGAGCGGAGAGGCGUCUCAGCUCCAAAUGUGAGGUAAUGAGCGAUGGUCAACCUCAGUUUGCUCCUCAUGGUUUGUUUCGUAGCCGCAGGAGAGACGGCUGGCCGGUUCUGCUCAGGAUUCCAGAGAAAAAGAACCGCAUGUCGUCAAGACAGUGGGGUCCCAUCUACCUCCGCUUGUUGCCAGGAGGGGUCCUGCAAAUGUACUACGAGAAAGGACUAGAGAAGCCCUUCAAAGAGUUCCAGCUCCUGCCUGAAUGUCGGCUCUCGGACCUCAAGCUGGAAAGCUACGGCGAGCCCCGCAAAGUCCUCACGGUGAAGGUCGAACAUUUUUCAUACACGGAAAAGAAACGCUACCAUCCCAAGCUGGAGGUGAAUCACGAAGCUGAAGUGGAGCAGCUGCUGAAGUUUGGCUCCACCGUCCACGAAGACAUGGAGGACCUGGUGGUCUCCAUGGAGGAGGAGAUCUUCCAGCUGUCCGUGGUCCACCGGUCCAGGCGGCAUUACGAAGAACAAGAGCUGUCCCUGCAGAUCACCGACAACAUUUGGGUUCGGCUGGAUAGGUUUGGAGGAGUCCUGGAGAGGACCGCCUUCACCCAAAUUCACUGUCUGGCGUUUCUGAACGGGCUGGCCGAUUGUUUUCUCGCCCUGAAUGACCUCGGCAUGCUGCGCUCCAACGCAAGCUACGGGUCCGACGAGGCCAGCCAGCUCUGGAUGGAGAUCACAGACUGGCACCUUCACAAGUGCGUGAAUGAAAGUGAGUUUCAGAAGACACGGCUGGUAAAGUUCUCCCCCCCAGAAGCAUGUAGGGUGGAGUUGAUGCGCUACAAAACCACGUUUCUGUCUUGCACCGAGCUCCCUUUCACCAUUAAGGCAGUGGUUACCGUUCAAGGGGCCUAUGUGGAGCUGCAGGCCUUUCUCAACAUGUCAGGAACCUUCCUGUCCUCCGUGGGGGGGUGUGACACAUAUCCACUGUGUGAGAACGUGGUGGUGCGGGUACCGGUGCCGGGCCAGUGGGUCAAAGUCACACAAACCGUGGCCUUACUGCGCCAGAGGUCGCUGAAGGCCCGAAUGAACCGAAACGCCUGCCUGGGAUCCUUCAGCACCGCAGACUCACAACCCGCCAUGCAGGUGACCGUCGGCAGCGUCAAGUACGAGAACGUCUACUCCGCUGUCGUCUGGAGGAUUGACAGACUUCCCGCAAAGAACACCGCAGUGGACCAUCCUCAUUCGUUCUCCUGCAGACUCGAACUGGGAUCCGAUCAGGAAGUCCCAAGCGACUGGUAUCCCUUCGUCACCAUGGAAUGUGAGAUCAUGGGCGCCGUCGUGUCGCAGACCAGAGUCAAGUCGCUGGGCACCGCCAACGACAUCCAGCCGCAGAAACACGUGAGCAGCUGGACUCGUUACCGUUGUCAGGCCAAGCUCUAUUUGUCCAUAAUCGAUGACGUGAUCGAGAGUAUGAGGGAGCUGUUCUCGGACGAGGGCCUUGAAGACCGCGUCCUGGACGAUUUACGACACCUUUGGGAAACAAAGAUGAUGCAAUCGAAGGCCAUGGACGACUUCAGGAAAACCAUUCAUUCUCCCAAUUUUGUGCUGCAACUUCCGGCCAACUACAGUCGAGCUGAUGCAGAACUCCGAGCUUCAGUCGUCAUCCCUGCAAGUCACAACAUGCACAGCUUCCCUGUCAAGAACAACUCUGAGGCGGUUGCCACCUUCUCGCUUCCUGCUGGCCUCUCUUACCCUGUGCAGAUACCUGCAGGCGUCACCCUCCAGACGGCCACGGGCCAACUUUACAAGGUCAACGUUCCUGUUGUCGUCACUCAAGCUCCAGCAUCUCAGCAGACCUUAUCCAAACCUCCACAGCACGUCAUGGAUCGGAGAGAAGCUGCUGCCGCCCCCCCCAGUGUGGCCCCUCCUCAGGAUGCGGCGCUUCCACCCGCGCCAACUUCCUCUGUCAACCUGCCACCGGCACAUACCACCGUAUCCCCCCGUCCAGAGGGCAGCGUCCCCCAGCAGGACCCCACUGAGCUCCCCUUGACUCAGACAGACCCAGCUCCAGAACCGGCGUCCCCACUGGAAGAGGAAGAACGCCAGUCUAAUCCAGAACCUGUGGACCUGAGCCUGAACGGCUCCUCCGUCAGUCAGCUGUUUGACUUCCACAGCGGCGGCGACGAGGCUUUGGCGGCGACGCCCCAAUUAAAGAACAGAGACAUCGAUGACAUCCUCAAGGAAGUCAUCGAGGAAGAGCGAGAAAAAGCCGCAAGGGCCGGGAAGAAAUCCUACGAGCAUCCCGAAGCUAUUCUUGGGCUGGACCUGGACUACAACUACGGGGAACUCUCCGACAUCAUCCAGCUGGACGGACAGGCCGACAACUCUGACCUGGAGGAGGAGGAGGAGGAGGAAGUGGUCCUUCCGCUGGAGGAGAAUGACUUCCUGGGUAUGAUCAACGCCGAAGCCGUGAAGGCUCUGCAGGAAGGAUGUGGGAGCAGCGAUGGGAACAGCAGCUCCGCUAGCAGUGACAGUGAUGGAGAUGAUGAGCUAGAACACAUUGAAGAUGAGGAUCCGCUGAAUUCAGGCGACGACGUGGUUGAGCAGGACAUCCCAGACCUCUUUGACACGGAGAACGUCAUAGUUUGUCAAUAUGACAAAAUCCAGCGCAGCAAGAACCGCUGGAAGUUCCAUUUGAAAGAUGGAGUGGUGAGCUACGGCGGCAGAGAUUACGUGUUCUCUAAAGCUGUUGGCGAAGCCGAAUGGUGAUGAACGCUGGAGGGAAAAGGAAGUGUUCAUUUCGGUUAAGAGGACACUUUGCUUAAUUAGGUACAUUAGUUUCGUAGUCAUGGCAACGCUAGAGAAGAUGACUUUGCGAUUGGUUGCAAGUGUUUGUUUGACUGAAUUAGCACAUUUGUUUUGUACGAACAAACAUGGGAAAACCUGCUUUGAUUUGUUCUCCUGCCAUGUUGUCCAUGUUAUCCCUUCUUUCAUUGGAAAGGUUUUCCUUAAAUACAUUUGUUUACUCUG